UUGCAAAUUGGUUAGCACUUUUAAGAAAUGAACAAUUUGAGGAGGAUUUAGAUUCGAUAGCUAUUCACCCUGUCACUAAUCAAGAUGCUAAGUGGCCUUUAUUACAAAUUUUUCAAGAUGAUAUUGAGCAACCCGAUUC